GGUCCAGGAGUCAAGGCAGUGGGGACGGGAGAGCGAGGCCGGGGAGAGGGCAGCAGGAAGACGUCGGCGAGUGGCGUGGACGGGGAGCGUGAUGGUGGGGAGCAGCGGCUGAUUCAGGUCGGCUCCUGGGAGUUUGAGUGCGGUGACGAGGAGUACAUGAAGUUCCUGGAGCUGUUCCUGAGCUACGUGUUGGAGCGAGACGGAGCGGUGAACGAGAGCGGUGUCGUGCCGCUGCUGAGCGGCUAUGGCCGCCGGCUGAGGGAGCAGGAGCUCGACUCGCUGGCCUUCCACGUGCAGAGCUCGCUAAAGCGGCGGCAGAACCGGGGCCGGGUGGCACAGGCCAUCGGCACGGCAACCGGCCCUGGCAUCUCACUGGCCCACCCGCCACAAGGGCGGCACCUGGGCUGCAGGCAAACCAUAACGACUGCUGCCAUCUCCACCGUGCCCAACCCAUUGCACUCCUCCAUCCGUGCCCAGGGCAGUGCCCAUAGCUACUUCCCUGCCAACCAUGCCCGGGGCAGGGGAGGAGGCUGCGGCCUGUUUGGGUCAAGGUCGAGCUCUCUGUCAGCUCCAGCAGAUGUGCCCUGGCAGUGGGGGGCAGAGUCCCACCAUCAGCCUGGCACUGACCCUGACCCUGCUCAUGCCCCCUCUUACUCCCUCACCCCCGCCUCCCUCCUCACCCCCGGCCUCCCGGCAGCCCCCUCCCAGCUGGACAGUGAGCCUGACCCCGGGCUGGAGGGCAGCUGCAGUGACACGGCCAAGCUGCUGGAGUGGAUGGUGCGCUGGUCAGAGCGGAGGCCGGUGCAUGGCACGCACGGGACGGGCACGGGGCCUGGACAUGGCCCCGCCAUCCGGGUCCACACGUCCGUCACCGCCAUCCUGCACUCCCUACGGCUGCUCGAUCGCAGUCUGGGCAUCGACACGGCACCGCGGAAACUCAGCAAGGGUGCAGAGGACGAGAAAGCGGUGGAGCGAGUGCGGAAGCACCGGCAGCCGCGGAAGAGGUGGGUCGGUGUGGCCGUGUCCGGUGUGUGCUCAAGGACAGACAGGGCAACUUUAAGAUCGGAGAGCGCAGGACAGUUGCAGAAGCAGGACUCUGGUGACACAAACCUCUGCAGUGGUCAGGAUCUGACCUCAGACUCGGACAGCGAAAGCGAUGAAGAGGGGUCGCGAUAUGGCCACAGACACUCUCCUCAGGAGCACGGUGGCUACGUCUCCCCAGCAGCGGCGGCUGCGUGUGUGGAUCAGGAGCCGAGGCCACGCACUCCCAUCGGUCCCGGCAUCUCCAUCACCGUCCACACCAACUCCAGGACCAGGAUCAGAGGCAGAGUCACGGAGGAUUCUGACUCGGAUACGGAGGAGCCCCUGGAUGACUCCCUGACUUCGGACCCUGGGGGAUGUGGGGACGGAUCAAUCAGCACUGAUCCCGGGGAGCUGGUGGAUGAUCCUGAUGGCACAGAUGACUGGGAGAGGACGGAAAAUGCCACAGAGAGGAUGGAAAAUCCCAGAGAGAAGACGGAUAAUCCCAGAGAGAGGACGGAUAAUCCCAGAGAGAGGACGAAUAAUUCCGGAGAUGGCUGGGAGAGUGUGGAUGAGCCCAUAACCAUUGAGCCAUCACAGCGACUGUGUGGGCAGCAGAGAGAGAGCCCUGGCCCGGGGCAGGCAGCCUCCAGCAGUCCAUCCGUGCCUCCACCCGGCCUGAUGCCCACGGUUGCCCCUCAGAGCCUGCCCGCUGCCCGCCAGACCACCCUCACCUCAGACACCGACACACACCUGCUCCACCAUGAGGUCUUCAAGCUCCUGCAGCUCCAGCAGGCGGGUUUCCUGAGCCUGAUGCAGGUGCUGGGGCCGUCGUUGAUGCCCGCUGCUGCCCCUCAGCUGCCCCAGUCUGUGCCCGGCCAGGCCCCCGUGCCCACCCCCCGCACGGACCCCCCUCCUGCCGGGCAGGAGCCUGUGUCUGAAGAACAGGAGCGCGAUGCAGUUGUCAUGGAGAGCUGUCUGUUGCCCCAGCAGCCCAGCUACCCCCCGGAGUGGCAGGUCACUCAGCUCAGGGUGCCGGCACGUUUCCCGAUGGGCCGGGGAGACGAGGGUGUGUGCGGCUCACGGGACGUCCCAGCGCCAGCGACCAGGCCCGACCCUCAACUGCUGCACCACCCCGCCAGACAACACCCUCCUGCCUCUUCCUCCCACCCCCAACUCCCUCUCCCCACCCCCGAUUCCCACCCCAACCUCCUUCUCCCCCCCACCCUCCUCCCCCUGGCCCACCCCUCCCAGCCCACUCUCCUCCCCCUGGCCCAAUUCUCCCAGCCCACCCUCUUCCCCCUGAGGGAGACCCCCGUCAUCAGCUUCUGUCACCAGCCGCAGACUCAGCUGCUGCAUCCUCUGAGGCUCAUUCCGGCGGGGGACGUCAUUGGCUUUGAGCGGAGCGGGCUGCACAGGGCCCAGCGUUCCCCAGGGCAGCUGCAGGCCCGGGCCCUCCAUCUCCUCACCAUGAGGCUGCCGGCCUUCCAGCCCGCAACACAGCGCGAUGGCAAGAAGAGGGUGAGGCGACGUGAGAGCAGGAGGGUGGAGAUGGUGUGUAAACGGGAGACGGAGCUGCCCACGACAGAGGCUGAGACCCCCACUCCCCCCCAACCCCCCGAUCCCAGGCCACACAGCAGCGAGUCGGGGGAUAUGGUACUGUUGACCGACCCAGCAGAGGGAGGUGUGGACCCCACUGGUCCUAGUGCCCCCAUCUUGUCGGCAUGGGCUGCAGGGAGCUUCGCUGCUGCCACUGCUGCGGAGCUGCACUGUUUGGCCGCCACCAGAAAGAAUGCGGCGGAGAGGAGGGACGCGAGCACCAACACCGAGCGCAUGUCCCAGGGACAGAAACAGAGACCCGCAGAGCCGAGAUGUUACCGGGACGCCGGGACGGUGACCAACCCCGACACUGAGGAGCAGCCAGUGACAGCAGGAACUGCAGAGCUCCGUGCCACUGGGCACCCGUGGGCACCACCUCUCCUUCUACACACGGGCAUGGAGCUGCUCUUCCCCAGUGACGGAUGCCCGGAGCCUGUGCCCACACCCACUCCCCGCCAGGUGUUGCCGGGCCACAGCUUCCUCACGGUCAUUGACGUUGCAGCCGGGGAGCUGCUAAACCAGCUGCCGUCCACCGUGGCGGUGAAUGAAUGCCGGGCCUCGCCGCGGGCACAGAGCCCGUCCACAGCUGCACUGCACCUGAGAGCUGCCACCGUCAUCAGUGGUGAUCGGCCCCACACCAGCCCCCCACCCAGGAGCCCGGCCGCAGCCUCGAUGCAGACCAGACUGGCAGCCUGGGAGCAGCAGCAGCCCGAAGAUGAAGAGACGUGCAGACUGCUGCAGGACGCUGCCCGGGCAUGGAGCCCUCGCCCAGUCUCCACCCACUCUCUGCAGAGCAGUGCCCAUGUCUACCCCCCUCGCCCAGUCUCUGCCAGUGCUCUGCAGGAGGGCAGUGCCCAUGUCUACCCCCCUCGCCCAGUCUCUGCCAGUGCCCUGCAGGAGGGCAGUGCCCAUGUCUACCCCCCUCGCCCAGUCUCUGCCAGUGCCCUGCAGGAGGGCAAUGCCAUUGUCUACCCACCUCGCCCAGUCUCUGCCAGUGCCCUGCCCAUUGUCUACCCACCGCGCCCCAACUCUGCCCACUUUGUGCUGCAGGACGUUGCUCGGGCACAGACCCCUCGGCCUGCCUCCACCCACUCUCUGCAGGAGGGCAGUGCCCAUGUCUACCCCCCUUGCCCCGCCUCCACCCACUCUCUCUGGACCAUAGUGCCCGUGCCUCUCCCCCUCUCCCUGUCAUUGUGGGCACUGCUCAGCGCACGCGGGCACAGCUGA